UGUUGGCGGAAGCGGCGCCUUCUGUGCCGUGGAAACUGGCCGUGGCUGCGGCCACCGCGUCUAUGCGCUUAGGCUCCUGUUUCGUCGCCUGGUUCGUGUCUCGGCGCUGAGAGGCGGCGGCCGGCGGGAUGGAGAAAAGUAGGAUGAACCUGCCCAAGGGGCCGGACACGCUCUGCUUCGACAAGGACGAGUUCAUGAAGGAAGAUUUCGAUGUGGAUCACUUUGUGUCCGACUGCCGGAAGCGGGUCCAGCUGGAAGAGCUGAGGGCCGACCUGGAGCUGUACUACAAGCUGCUGAAGACGGCCAUGGUCGAGCUCAUCAACAGGGACUACGCCGAUUUUGUCAACCUCUCAACCAACCUGGUUGGCAUGGAUAAGGCCCUCAACCAGCUUUCUGUGCCUCUGGGACAGUUACGAGAAGAGGUUCUGAGUCUUAGGUCAUCUGUCAGUGAAGGAAUUCGGGCAGUAGAUGAACGAAUGUCUAAACAAGAGGACAUUAGGAAAAAAAAGAUGUGUGUGUUGAGGCUUAUACAGGUUAUUCGAUCAGUUGAGAAAAUUGAAAAAAUCUUAAAUUCUCAAAAUUCUAAAGAAACAUCUGCACUAGAAGCAAGCAGCCCCCUUUUGACCGGACAGAUUUUGGAGAGAAUUGCCACCGAAUUUAACCAGCUGCAGUUUCACGCUGUCCAAAGCAAAGGCAUGCCUCUCCUGGACAAAGUGAGGCCGCGCAUCGCUGGCAUUACGGCCAUGUUGCAGCAGUCCCUGGAGGGCCUCCUGCUGGAAGGGCUGCAGACCUCCAACGUCGACAUCAUCCGGCACUGCUUGCGGACCUACGCCACGAUUGACAAGACACGGGACGCCGAGGCCCUGGUCGGUCAAGUCCUGGUGAAACCGUAUAUGGACGAGGUGAUCAUAGAGCAGAUUGCUGACACUCAUCCAGGUGUCCUUCAGCUCAUGUACAGCAGGCUCCUGGAGUUUGUCCCCCACCACUGCCGCCUUCUUCGAGAGGUCACAGGAGGCGCCAUCUCAAGUGAAAAAGGCAAUACUGUUCCCGGAUAUGAUUUUUUGGUGAAUUCCGUCUGGCCAGAAAUAGUACGAGGAUUAGAAGAAAAAUUGCCAUCACUUUUUAAUCCUGGGAAUCCUGAUGCAUUUCACCAGAAAUAUACCGUAAGUAUGGAUUUUGUAAGAGCGUUUGAACGGCAAUGUGGAUCACAGGCCAGCGUGAAAAGAUUAAGAGCGCAUCCCGCCUACCACAGCUUCACUAAUAAGUGGAACCUGCCUGUUUAUUUUCAAAUAAGAUUUAGGGAAAUAGCGGGCUCCUUGGAAGCAGCACUUACAGAUGUCCUGGAAGAUGCGCCAGCUGGCAGUUCCUUCUGCCUUUUGGCUUCUCACAGCACGUGGAGCAGCCUCCAGAGGUGCUGGUCGGACAAGAUGUUCCUGCCGCCGCUGGCGCACCGUCUGUGGAGGCUGACGCUGCAGAUCCUGGCCCGGUACUCCGUGUUUGUCAAGGAGCUUUUGCUCAGGCCCAUCUCUAAUGAAAGUGCCAAGGAUAUUAAAAAGCCUUUGGUCACUGGCAGCAAAGACCCUUCCGUUACCCAAGGAACUAGUGAGGACCAAGGAAGUGGCCCUUCAGAAGCGAAGCCCGUCGCCUCCGUUUCCAGCACUCAGCUUGUGUACGUGGUGGCGGACCUGGACAGGCUUCAGGGGCAGCUUCCAGAACUCUUGGAAACAAUCAAGCCAAAACUUGAAAUGAUUGGCUUUAAGAAUUUUUCUUCUAUCUCAGUAGCAGCCCUGGAGGACUCCCAGCUGGCUCUGUCCGCCUGCCUGCCUGCCUUGAGUAGCAGGAUCAUCCAGGACUUGAGUGAGUCUUGCUUCAGUUACCUGAAAAGUGCCCUGGAGGUUCCCAGGCUUUACCGAAGAACCAACAAGGAGGUGCCAACCUCAGCAUCCUCUUACGUGGACAGUGCUCUGAAGCCGUUCCACCAGCUCCAGAGUGGACACAAGGAUAAGCUCAAACAAGCCAUCAUUCAGCAGUGGUUGGAAGGUGCACUCUCUGAAAGCACUCAUAAGUACUACGAGACCGUGUCGGACGUCCUGAGCUCUGUGAGGAAGAUGGAGGAGAGCCUGAAGAGGCUGAAACAGGCCAGGAGAAGCGCCCCCACCAACCCCACCGGGCCUGCGGGCGGUGGCAUGAGCGACGACGAUAAAAUCAGGCUGCAGCUGGCCUUGGAUGUGGGGUACCUGGGAGAGCAGAUACAAAACAUGGGCCUGCGAACGGAGGACUUGAGAAGCUUUCCAGCCCUCGCAGAGCUUGUCGCUGCUGCCAAGGACCAGGCGACGGUGGCCGAGCAGCCUUAAGCAUCUUGGAGGAGCCGGGGGAGAAGGAAGCUGGGCCUGGAGCCCUCGGGGAGGCGGCGGCUCUGCGCCGUCACAGGCCUCCGGCAAAGAGGUGCUUCCCUGGGCCCCGCCGCGCAGCCUCCCUUGGCCUGUUUGGGUCUUCGUUCACCCAAAAAGAACACAAAAGCCUUUUUCCGUUGUAUGGAAGACCUUUUUUAUGACAUUUAAAACUUUCGACGAUAGUUCACAGAGCAAAUUAUUUUAUUUUUAUCAUAAAUCUUAGCGUGGAAGCGCUGGUUUCUAAACUACGAUCAAAGUAAAUAUAUACGUAUGAACAGGGAACACCGUCUCCCCGAUCCGGCGGCAGCGGGGUGACCGUAUCGUGUGCGCACGCCCUUCUCCAGGAUGAGAAUAACUGUCCACUUACGGCUUUUUUGAGGCCGGGGGUGGCCUGCCAUUCUCCCACGGGGUGUUCAGGAACACUGCUUCUGAUCACACUCACCCCCCAGGCCUCCAUCGGGAGCUCCAACCAGCAGGGGGGAUUUAUUUCCUGAGUAAAAGACGCAUCCACCAAAA